AUGCCCCGAUGGGGAAGACCACCGGGAGCACGAAAAGGGAGAUACAACGGCGGAGGUGGGCAAUAUGAGGAACAGAUGGCACGAGUGGAGGAGGUGGAGACUGACGAGGAUGAGUAUGGUCGGCAGCUGGUACGGAAUGGCCGUGCGGCGUACUUGCGACAAUUAGAAUAUGGAGGACGGGGGCCGCGCAGGCGGCAGGAUUAUGAUGAUUUGACCGACGAUGGCGAGUCGGUAGUUGACGGGGGUGAUUACGACCUUUACGAUCAUGAAGAUAGCACGGUGGCCUACGCGGUUCAGCUGGCCAUGCGAGACAAGGAGGACCAACUGGUGGACAAGGCGCUGGAGCGCAUCCGUCGUGCGCAGAUGCUGGGAAAGAAGAACGUCCGGCUAUCUAAGCGCGAGCUGGAUGCCCUGGAACGCAGGCGCCAGCAGACGGACAAACCCAGCGAGGCUCGCCGGCCUAAGCAGACUGGGAGUGCAUCCAGUACUCGGCCCUCAUCUCGACGCAAAUCCGGGGGCCUGCCAGAGCAACCACCAGGACCACCCGCGGGGCCCUACGCCCCGUUUGCCUAUGGGGCCGACGCUGGGUGGAAUCUAGGUGCGGGUGCAGCUGGGCGGCCUACUAGUUCGUCCUCUGCGCAUCGCCCCCGAACCCCAACCAUGCAGUCACUCCGCCCACAGCAGUCCAACUCUCCGCUUCGACCGGGCUAUCCUGUCUUCCCCGAACGGCUUCCUCCCAACGGCCGCCCGCAAUCGAUGCAGCCGAUGCACCCACGACCACUGCCGGACGAUCCGCAAUGGGCACCGUCCUACUACAAUCCCAUGCAGAUGAGUCCUUUCGCAGAGCAGCCCCCAUACCAUCCGCAGCUCCCUAGUGACCUUCGGGCCGGGCCCCAGAGUCAUAUGAGCUAUCCCAGCGGGAUGUCUCCUAUCCAAGCCCAGCAUCGCCAGUCUGCACCAUCUGUGAGCGUACCGCAACAGCGAACCCGCCCGGUGCCGUCGGAGUCGGAGUCGGAAUCCAGUGAGGAGAGCAGCGAGGAAAGUAGUGAAGAGGAUGAAGUGCAGAUCGUGCGGGUUGUGGAGCGUCAGGGUCCAACGGGUCUCCAGCGGCGGAAAAUGUCUGGGGGCCGGCCUCGACCACGGCGCAGUCGAUGA